AUGCUAACCAUAGUGGAGGAAGAGAUGGAGGUAGUACAGGUCAGGCCUCAGGACGAUCCCCACGCCUCCCACGUUCACCCCGUAUGGGACACAGACGUACAAAUAGUUCUGGAGGAAGUGGCGGCGGUCCCGGUGGCGCAGGGGGCAAAACACUCUCCAUGGAGAACAUUCACUGGGAUGAUGGGAGGUGAUGCUUUGGCCUUUGGGGACCACCACAUGUCCUCUACUGUCCCCCAUUCUCUUAGGCAAGCCAGAGACAACACCAUCCUAGACCUACAGACUCAGCUUAAAGAGGUUCUUCGUGAGAAUGACCUGUUACGCAGAGAGGUGGAAGUCAAAGAAAGCAAGCUGAGCUCGUCCAUGAAUUCAAUUAAAACCUUCUGGAGUCCAGAAUUAAAAAAGGAGCGGGCUCUAAGGAAAGACGAAGCUUCCAAGAUUUCCGUAUGGAAGGAACAAUAUCGUAUUAUUCAAGACGAAGCACAGCACCUCCAGAUGACUGUCCAGGCCCUUCAGGAUGAGAUGAGGAUCCAAAGGGAUCUGAACCAGUUGCUCCAACAGGACCCAUCCAGCCAAGGCCGAGACCUGGCUCUGACUUCUGAACCCACAGAGGAGAACUACAGGAGACUGCAUGCUGAGCAUGAGAGACAAGCCAAAGAACUGUUUCUGCUCCGGAAAACCCUCGAGGAGAUGGAGCUUAGGAUCGACACGCAGAAACAAACACUGGGGGCAAGAGACGAGUCCAUUAAGAAACUGUUGGAGAUGCUCCAGAGCAAAGGGCCAUCUGCCAAGGCAUCAGAGGAGGACCAAGAGCGUACCAGAAGAUUAGCUGAUGCAGAGAUGCACAGACAUCAUCUUGAGAGUUUGCUGGAUCAACGAGACCGAGAAAUUUCAUCCCUUAGAGAGGAGUUGCACCGUAGAUAUGAGGGAACCCCUGAGUCUACUAAAACCAAAGCGCUACAAACUGUUAUUGACAUGAAGGAUGCUAAAAUCGGUUCAAUGGAGAGAGGCAUGCGGGACAUGGAAGAGGAGCUGCUAAUGUUAAAAUCAAACGGACUCUUGAGUUGUGAAGAACGGCAGGAGGAGAUGAAACAAAUGGAGGUCUACCGGAGUCACACAAAGUUCAUGAAAAACAAGAUGGAGCAGGUGAAGCAGGACCUCUCCAGGAAAGACACUGAGCUCCUGGGGCUGCAAACCAAACUGGAGACUUUAACAAACCAGUUCUCCGAUAGCAAGCAACACAUCGAAGUCCUGAAGGAAUCCCUCACUGCGAAGGAACAACGCGCUGCUAUUCUACAGACAGAAGUCGAUGCACUGCGCCUGCGCUUGGAAGAGAAGGAGGCCACGCUGAAUAAGAAGAGCAAACAGAUCCAAGAGAUGUCAGAAGAGAAGGGAACUCUCAACGGGGAAAUCCAUGACCUCAAGGACAUGCUGGAUGUUAAGGAGCGCAAAAUUGUUGUGCUGCAGAAGAAGAUUGAGAAUCUACAGGAGCAGCUGAGAGACAAAGAGAAGCAGAUGAGCAGCCUGAAGGAGAGGGUCAAGUCUUUACAGGCAGAUACCUCUAACACCGACACCGCGUUGACCACACUGGAGGAGUCUCUGGCAGAAAAGGAGCGCAUUAUUGAGCGGCUCAAAGACCAGCGAGAUCGAGAUGACCGGGAGAAAGGAGAGGAGCUGGACUCUUCCAGAAAGGAACUGAAGGAGCUGAAGGAGAGGCUCAGUCUGCUGCAAGGCGACCUGUCAGAUAGAGAGACUAAUCUGUUGGACCUAAAGGAGCAUGCAUCAUCACUGGCAUCCUCUGGUCUGAAGAAGGAUUCUAAAUUAAAAACCUUAGAAAUCUCCUUGGAGCAGAAAAGAGAAGAGUGCUUGAAACUGGAAAGCCAACUAAAGAGGGCCCAGACAGCCACGCUGGAGGCCAAGGCGAACACAGAGUUGGCAGAGCGCAUCAAGAACCUCGAGCAGGACGUGUCCCGCCACAAGGAGGAUUCUGGGAAGGCCCAAGCCGAGGUGGACCGCCUGCUGGAGAUCCUGCGGGAGAUGGAGAACGAGAAGAACGACAAGGACAAGAAGAUUAACGAGCUGGAAAGACAGAUGAAGGACCAGACAAAGAAAGUGGCCUCACUGAAGCACAAGGAGCAGGUGGAGAAGAGCAAAAACGCUCGUCUGAUGGAGGAGGCCAGGAAGAGGGAGGACAAUGUGUCGGAGAGUUCUCAACAGGUCAAGGACACUUUGCGUCAGAAAUCUGAGCGCAUUGAGGAGCUGGAGGAGGCCUUGAGAGAGAGCGUUCAGAUCACAGCUGAGCGGGAGAUGGUUCUAGCACAAGAGGAGGCUGCCAGGGCUCACCAGGAGAAACAGAUGGAGGAGUUGCUGGGUGCUAUGGAAAAGGUCAAACAGGAGCUGGAGUCCAUGAGAUGCAAGCUGGCCUCCACGCAGCAGUCCCUGUGUGAAAAAGAAGCACACCUGACAACCCUCCGUGCAGAGCGCAGGAAGCACCUGGAGGAGGUGCUGGAGAUGAAACAGGAGGCGCUGUUGGCUGCCAUCAGUGAGAAGGACGCCAACAUCGCACUGCUGGAGCUGUCUUCAUCCAAGAAGAAGAAGACUCAGGACGAGGUGGCACUGCUGAAGAGGGAGAAGGACAGGCUGGUGCAGCAGUUAAAGCAGCAGACCCAGAACAGAAUGAAGUUGAUGGCAGACAACUACGAAGACGAUCAUCUCAAAACUGCCCACGACCAAACCAAUCACAAACCUUCUCCAGACCAGAUGAUCCCCCCUCUUGUAGCCCUGUCCCAGAACCGCAGCAAGCUCAAGCUCUACAUUGCCCACCUGACCGACCUGUGUAACGAGAGGGACCCCAGCAUCCUCAGCACGCUCACCCCCCCCUCACACUAUCACCAUGGCGACCCUGACCACUGGGAGGACGAGCUGCACAAGAUGUCAUGCCAACAGCUGGAGCAGGAGCUGGAGCUGUGUGAGAAGGAGAGCAGUGAGCUGCAGGAAUACGCCAACUGCGUUCUCCAGCAGAUCGCAGACUACUGCCCCGACAUCCUGGAGCAGGUGGUGAACGCGCUGGAGGAGUCCUGCUAA